AUGGUCCUCGCAGCGAGCCCCGAAGCGUACCGAAAGGUUAUUGAAUAUGGGAUCAAAAAAACCAAACUGCGGAUCGACCGCCUUUUCCUCCAGGCCAUCAUGGCUGGGAUUUACGUCGGCAUGGCUGGUCACGCAUGCACAGCGAUCGCGGGGGGCUACUCGACCGAUCCCUCGAACCCGCUAGCGGUCUCCAAGUCGACGCAGAAGUUCCUCUACGCUUCUCUGUUUCCGGUGGCGUUCAUCGCCAUCAUCUUCACUGGAGCUGAGUUGUUUACGGGGAACACAAUGACGAUGCUCCUGUGUCUGCUGGAGCGGCGAGUGACUUACCUCCAGCUCCUCGUCAACUGGGCCUGUAGCUUGGUUGGCAACUGGCUGGGGGCUCUCUUCGCCGCCUACUUUCUCUCCUAUCUUCCAGGGGUGUUGCAAGGCCCUGACCAUCUCAACUAUUUGAAGGAGGUCGCCGCUCACAAAACAGGCCAUAAUUUUGGCGAGUGCUUCCUCCUCGCCGUAGGGUGCAACACCUACGUCUGCCUCGCGGUCUGGUUCGUCAUCGCGUCAGACGACGCCGCCGGCAAGAUUAUGUCCAUGUGGUUUCCAAUCGUUGCGUUCUGCGUCGCUGGAUACGAGCACAUUAUCGCGAAUUUCUACACGCUUCAGUGCGCGCUCAUGCACGGAGUUGCUCCGGGGGUUGGCCUCGUCAUUCUGAAGAACUUCAUCCCGACUCUCUUGGGGAACAUCGUCGGCGGCUGUGGCUUGGUAGGCGCAGUGUAUUGGUACAAUUUCUAUCCGACCAUGUGCGUUGUCCAAGAGACGGGACAGAAUGUACCUCUGCCUGAGAACCCUACGUCAACAUCGGCUGCGAAACAAGUUGUCGCAGAUCUCUUUAACCGCGCAGGGCGCGAAGGGUCUGUACCUGGCGGCUCGCCGCUAGCGACUCCUGCCAACGCAGGCGUGAAUUCGACUGCCGGUGCAGCCUCCACCACUGGCCCCGUCACGACUUUUGGUGGGGCUCCUGGCGGCCAGCCAGCUCUAUCUGGGGACGCAUCCGGAGCCCACAACCCAAAUUCCUUGUUCCUGCCUUCGGCAAAUACCCCGAAUGCAGCGGUUACAUCGGGAGCCGCUCCGGCGGCCAGUUCGAGUUCUGGCGGAGCUUGGACGGCUGUAACGAGCGGCGGGGCGGCGGCGAAUCUAGUUGAGCCGAGUCUGUCCAUCCCUACGACGGAUGACUGCCUGUUUGUUCCCCGCGCCUCGUUUGGAGGCGAAUACCACUCGCCUCCGAGACUGGGGAUCCCGGGGUCGUCGAGACCACAAAAAAGUGCAGUUGGCUCCGGGGGCGCAGUCAUGUGUCGGCUGCCAAGCCCAAGCCUACUAGAUCAGCCGUCUGCGUCGUUGCUCCGUGACAGCUCCCUGCAAAAUGAAGUCACUGCUGUCGAGCUGGUCGCUUCCUCGAAAUCACCCAGUGGCCUAGGCCUGACUGCGGGGGAGAGUGAGAAAGACGCCACGGGGGACGAUGAACAGUCGCUGCAAGAAGCAACAGCAGGUGGCGUCCGAGAAAGAGAGGAAAGCAGAGGUCUGCUCGACGACGCGAACCCAACAAUAACGCUGUCUAUCCCGUGUCACAAUUACCACCCCCACGUCCCCGAAGGCGCUGGAGCCCAGGGAGCAAACUCACCACCUAGUGCGGAACUGGCCAGCGGAGACACGCAGAGUCCGAGUGCUGGGUGA